AUGCUCGGGACUCCCAAAACAGAUGCAGAAGCAUGCGAUCAUCUGAACAGUUCCCCAAGCGAGGGAGUCGACACAGAUGCAUGGCAUGAUAGGUCCGAAAAGCGUUCUCAGGAAGCCGUGUUUGGGAGUAAGCGUAUUGGGUUGAUUUCUAUUCCAUUUGAGCUCGAGCGCAAUAUGGAAUCUCUCAUUGCGGGUAAGCUGCCCCCGCCACUACAUGCUUUUCUUUGGCUCAUGGGUACUGCUGAAGAUAAUGACAAACAUCAGCUUCGCUCCGACGUCAAAAGGCUUUUCCUUCAUGAAGCAAACGAGGGAAGCAAUAAAACUAGGACUCAAUGGAGUAUCCAGCUUCCGGACAAAUUUAAAGGCCCUAAAAAAUUCAAAGCCUUUCGUAUUACUCCUCGCGAGGCACUGGCAUUUUCAGUCAUAUCACUUCCCGGACAGUUCUCUGCCAUCUCCGCAGUGCUCACAGAAGCAUGCGUACGAUUAGGAGAAAACUGGUCGAAGAAUGUCAAGACUGUGAUAGACUUUGGUUCAGCCAUGGGAGCUGGAAUAUGGUCCUCACUAACCGUGUUCAAGACCAAGGAAAAGCUCUCAACUGACGACGCAAAGCUCAUUAACGAAGAUACCCCCCGAGUUGCAAGCGUUCUGGCUUCAAGCACCGUGGAGCACUACUUAUGUCUCGAGAACCGCCCCAAUCUUCUUUCAUUAUCUAAGAGGCUCACAGCUGGACUGUCAAUGGGGCGGACAAGGCUUCAGGUCGAAAAGUUUUGGGGUCGCGAUGGGCAUAAAGUGUACAGUCCUCCGGAGGAGACCAUUGCUAUGGUUGCUUUCACUCUCUCUGAACUUCCGACUGACCUGUCACGACUCAAGAUGCUCCGUGAACUAUGGAAUACUGGAGCUGACACUAUGGCUCGUACCCUCCCCUUCAUUUUCAUAAUCAUAAUCGAUCAUGGGACGGCGGAAGGUUUCAAAAUUGUCGCAGAUGCUCGACGAUGUUUGUUGUCGAAAGGAAGGCAGGGAAAAUUCCCAGCAGAGGAAGGUCCAGUGUCAGAAUACGACCAAACGCCGGGAUCGCACGUGCUCGCACCUUGCCCACAUGAUAGAACAUGCCCACUAACCCUACAGUCCAAACAACCGUCACCCAGUAUAUGCAACUUUUCCCAACGUCUUUCCCGUCCCGCAUUCCUGAGCCGAACGAAGCAUGCUUCGAAAGGUCACGAAGAUAUUCUCUAUUCAUACGUCAUCAUCCGUAGAGGACCACGACCUUUAGCACCUUCUGGGACUUGGAAUGAUACUUCCAUUCGCCCGGCUCAGUCUCUGGAAAAACGUCUCAAGAAACGAAUACUUGUAGAGGACACCGACGUUGUUAGCUCGGGGGACCAAAUUUUGGCGAGUACCUGCGAAGUUGCUUCAGACGAGGUCACUCUAAAGUGGCACCAGACCUUUGAAACCGAUGCCGAAGUUCGGCGGCGAGAAUUAAUCAGCUUUGUGAAUACCCCGCCCAGACCCGAAGAGGAGUUACGAAAUGAGAGCUAUUAUUGGCCUCGAAUUAUUUUCCCUCCCAUGAAACGAAGCGGCCAUGUUAUUCUAGACACCUGUACCAAAGAAGGGCACAUUGCUCGACACACGAUUCCAAAAUCACAAGGCAAACAACCUUAUUAUGAUGCUAGAAAAGCCAGUUGGGGUGAUGCUUUCCCGUGGGAGAGCAAGAAUGGACCUGACAUUCGUCGUAGAGGGAAGCAAUUGAGUGUCGACGAGAAGGAUAACUCAAAUAUUCUCGUGGACGACGAUGGGGGAGUUGACCUAUUGGACUUGGUUGGAGAGUGGGAUAUCUCGUUCGACGGAAAAGGGGAGAUGGUCAUGUCACCCGCGAGACCUACAAAAGGCACGCGUCGUUGA